AUGGCUGACAGCGUUGCAGAUGACCCAUAUACGUUGGAUCAACUGCGGGAACCUCGCAUGAAUGCCCUGGUUGUUCGUCCCUUGGUCGAUAGGCUUUAUGACCCUGACGAUCCUACUAUCGUCUAUUGUUUACUUGCCAAUCGUAUUCAGUUUUCAAGACAGCAUACCAGCACUGCUCAUCAAACUGUCAAUGUUGCUCGUGCAACCUUGUGCGAGCUUGUUGCCAGCCGCGUACUACGGCGAUAUCACGAAGACCACCCGGGCCAGAUCGGCCUCCUAAUCUUAGCCCACAUUCUCGUAGAGGGAUUCGAUCCUUUCCAAGGAGCUCCCCAGGAGGUGGAAAGCGAAUGUCGCCAACUUCAAUGGCCAGUACAGCGACGCGAUGGUCAUGAGAGAAAACUUACGGCCCUCGAACUGGCAAUCAUAUCCGAAAGCAAGGUGUUCCUAAGCUCUUCAGCAUGCCAGAGACUUGUCGAUGCAGUCUAUCAAGGAGUUGUAACCUACACGCCAUUGUCAUUUGUCGACGUCCUCCCAGACCAUUAUGAGUUUAUUUCAGUCUCACUCUACGAGCCGCAUCGGGCCCCAUUGCUUGAUGAGAGACGGUUGAUUGUACCGUGGAUUCGGGGGGUUACGGAACUAUUUCAGUUCAUCGCUCUGGUCAUCUUGUACAUGCUGACGAUGAUGAAUCGGAGCAGUGAGAGAGUAAGCAUAUGGGAAUGCCUCUUUGCGAUCUACACAGCUGGGUGGACUCUCAAUGAGUUUGCUGCAAUCAUAGAACACGGUUGGGCCGUCCACUCUCAGACCCUGUGGUCAUUUCUUGACAUCACCUUCUGCUUCAUUUUCAGCUGCUACGUGUUAGCUCGCGUCUAUGACGUCCUGGGCCAUGGAGGAGUCGUGGCAGAUGGCUACGGCGUACACAUUCUGUGUGUUGCAGCUCCCGUGCUACUCACUAGAGUGGCCUUCACCAUCAUGCCGGAUAACAUUGUCUUCAUCGCCAUGCAUGCCAUGAUGAGAGACUUCACGCGGCUUACCUUUAUCGCAAUAUGGUGCUUUACCGGGUUUCUUCUUGCCUUGCAGUGGCUCAUCGGCAGCAACGCCGCAACCGCAAAUUCCAUUCAUAGGACACCUCUAGGCUGGGUUGAGACCGCCAAGUGGCUCAUAUGGACUUGGUUCGGCCUGGACGGCACAGGCAUCGACCGCUCCGUUGACUUUCAUCCAGUCCUGGGGCCUGCGCUGAUGAUAGCCUUUGCAUUCCUGGGCAACAUCCUUUUCUUAACGCUCCUCGUGGCGCUUUUGAGCAAUACCUUCUCCAAGAUCAUCGCGGACGCACCGGCUGAAAUUCAGUUCCGCCGUGCUGUCAUCACCUUUGCAGGCGUGAAGAGCGAUUCAAUCUUCGCAUAUCCCCCGCCGUUCAACUUGCUCGCACUCGCUAUCUUACUGCCACUCAAGUCGGGGUUGACAUCUCGAUCGUUCCACAAUCUCAAUGUCAUGCUUAUCCGCACGCUCAACGCACCAGCGUUACUCCUCAUAAGCGCCCUUGAGCGGCGUAGGGUAGCGCACCCGCGGCGUGCACGCUCACAGUCACUUUUGAACUGGAGCUUUAGUGGCUUCAACCCUCAUGGCGACAUUCAAGCGGUAUUCAAGGCGGAACCACCGCCGGGCGUAGAACGAGAGCUCGAGGAAAUGGACAAUUUGAGUGAUGUGGGGUUCGCCGAGAGCGAGCUUGGCUCUAGAGCGGGAUCAUGGGACGUCACCGGUCGGUCGCGCUCAAGACGCCGGCCGUACAGGCGAAGGCGACUUGGCAGGGUGGCAUCACCGAUAAGUGUCGUAUUUCCUCUGCCCAGUGUUCAACGUAUGGGUCCAAGCGAUGGUGAACCACUUUCGGGGUCGCCUGCUCGCCGCAGCCAAGUCUAG